AAAAGUCACACUAUUGUGGGAAAACGCGCGCGGCUCGCAGGUAAAAACGAAGAAAGCCGAUUGAGUGCUUGCGUCCGGUCACAGUUAUUUUUUUGGCAAAUUUUGUCCCCAAAAACCGGACUGAUUCGCCAGAAAAUUUUGAUAUCGGCCAGCAGCAGAAAGUGGCAACUAUUGUAAAAAGCGGACGCCUCAGAAAUUCUCCUCAUUCGUUACGAUGGAAUCGUUCAAGGUGUAUCGGGCUCUCUGUUUGGCUCACGGGGUCCUGUUCUGUUUGACCUGCCUGGGACUGAUCGGAGGAUUUUUGGUUUUCGGCGACAAUUUUGGAUUCGAUGAAGUGACAAUCACUCGCAUCCUGAUCUUGAAGUUUUAUAUGGUCUUCGGGUUCAUCCUGAUCUAUGGAACGUUAAAGAAAGAACUGAUGUUCCUAAAAGUGUAUCGUAUAUUCCUGAUCGCAAGUUGCGUAUUUCUGGCCCUGGCUACAAUUCUGCUUAUAAAACCAAUGGGUGAUCUGCCUUCGGAAGGAAAGGAAAGAAUCAUCUCUAUUGUUUUUGGAUCAAUCCUUGGUACAUUUGUUUUCCUGCUGAGCGGGGUCUGGAUAAUGAACCAAUUUAUUGGACGUGUGGAACUGAGCCAGAGUCGAGAUAGCUUGGUGGAGCAGAAGUCGAGGGCAAACGAAAUUUACGUCAUCAGCCUGUGAUGAGCACACACGUAAAGUGUACACACAAACAAACAACCGAAAAAAAGUCUGAAAACACUAUCAUUGCCAUGCAAUAUCAAUACCGUCCUAAUGCACUGUAAUAAAGAAGAAGCACACUGUUAUUUAUUGUUAUA